UUUUUGCAGAUAAUCAAAAUGACAUAUGGCAUCAUUGUGUCUCUUGCUCUGGUUUUCUCACAAAGCAAGUUGUUUACAAGUCAGAAUAUUUACUGUGAAGAAGCUGUCAAAAGUGUGAAAAUCGUAACAUCAUGCCCAACUUCGAAAACGGAAUGGGACAUUGCUGCUUUUAGAAAGAACUGUAGCGGAAUAGCAUCGCGUCAAAAUUGCGUAAAGAAAAACGAAAAGUUUCAAUACCAUUGUGUGAUCAACGGAAUGAGAAAUAAAUUAGUAGAGGUUUGCGCACCCACAAGGAUAAUUUUCGGACAUUGUGUUGAAUUCAAUGUUCGUGGUGGAGUUAUUCAAGAUCAGAGAUCAGCUCCUUGCAACCAAACAUUUCCAAAGUGUGACAAGAUCUACCCAUCUUCAGAAGCUUUCAAAUAUCCUGAUUGUUAUGAACUUGUUUCCAUCAGUGAAGAUAGAUCAUCAACAAAAAAAGAACCACCGACAACUUUAAGAACGACAACGAAUGAACCAUCGUUAUUAAAACCCAUUGACGUUAUUAUACCUGUUUUGUCACUGGUUCUUAUAUCCAUAUUUGCGGUGAUAUAUUUAAAAUUCAGAAGAAGGCGACAGCGCGCUAGAAACAAACUCGAUGAAAGCAAAGGAGCAAUGCUAUGCGAAGACGAUAACAAUCAAGAUGGAACACGUGAAGUCAUAAAUAUUAAAACAGAAGAGGAUCUCAAAGCAGAGUUGAAUUCCCAAAAGCACGACAUGAAUUCUAUCUUUAAGCGGUGUUUAUCAAUGGGUGAAAUUUCCACUAACAGUAAGUGUUUGUAA